UUCAGCUCCGCCCCAUCAUGAACUUCUUGAAGAUCUCUAGAGAAGAUCAGAGGAGCACAGAGGAGCCUCAUAUGGACAAUAAGCGCACAUAAGUUAUAUGAGGAGUUUAUCGAGUUAAUAAAUGUCUCUUCUGUGCACUCUUGGUUUUGUGGCUCUGCUGGUGUCAGUCCAGUGUGUCACCAAAGAUCAGAUCUUUGAUUAUGGGAUCAAGUUUGGUGAUCAGAUUCUGGAUGCUGGAUCUGAUUCAUUAUUCGAGCUCAAGCUUAAUCUGACUCUCUUCUUCUUCAAAGAAAAAUUCGACUCAGUAUAUGUCAGUACCAAUGGCUUUAUAUCACUGGACAAACCCACAGAUGAAUCAGAGUACCUGAAUAACGUGCAUCCCAGAUUCAAGAUGAUCGCAACGUUCCUGGGGGAUCUUGACACUAGCGAUGAGUUUGGGAAAGUUUAUUUCCGGGAAGACAACAGCCCGGAUGUCCUUGAGAGAGCCGGUAAUCAUAUUGCUGAAGCGUUUCCUGAUGAUGGUGAAUGGACUGAACCCUCAAACGUACUCAUCGUCACCUGGGAAAAUGUGUCAGCUCACAGUCAAACAGGCAGAGGAGAUGAGUUACAUAAUGUGAGAAAUACAUUUCAGCUUGUUGUGGCAAACACAGACUUGGUGUCUUACGCCAUCCUGUUGUACCCAGAAGAUGGUUUGCAGUUUGUUUCUACACGUGUGGAUGGUGAAGAUCAGCCCGUUCGAGUGGGGUUUAGUGAAGGUUUAAUCCCGGGCUGGUUUGGCUUUUCUAGCCAGGGUUCAUAUUAUGAGAUCACAGAUGGCAGUGAAGAGUCAGUCAGAGCUCUCACACAAAAUACUAAUUCAGGAACACGAGGAAUUUGGGUCUAUGAGAUUGGCACAUAUCAAUUUUUUACCUCCAUCAAGCCUGGAAAGGUAACAGAGACAACUCCUGAGACAGAUAUGCCAACCCCUGAGACGGACACGCCAUUCCCUGAGACGGACAUGCCGACCCCUGAGCCGGAUACGCCAAUCCCUGAGACGGAUACGCCAAUCCUUGAGAUGGACACGCCGUUCCCUGAGACGGAUACGCCAGUCCGUGGGAUGGAUACGCCAACCCCUGAGACGGACACGCCGACCCCUGAGACGGAUACGCCGACCCCUGAGACGGAUAUGCCGACCCCUGAGAUGUAUACGCCAUUCCCUGAGACAGAUACGGCGACCCCUGAGACGGAUACGCCGACCCCUGAGACGGAUACGCUGACCCCUGAGGCGGAUACGCAGACUCCUGAGACGGAUACGCUGACCCCUGAGAUGGAUACGGCGACCCCUGAGAUGGAUACGCCGACCCCUGAGAUAGAUACGCAGACUCCUGGGAUAGAUACGCAGACUCCUGAGGCGGAUACGCCGACCCUUGAGACGGAUAUGUGGUUCCCUGAGACGGAUACUCCGACCCCUGAGAUAGAUACGCAGACACCUGAGACGGAUACACCGAUCCCUGAAACAGUUACACCAGCCCCUAAAACCUUUACUCCAUUUAUAUUUGAUGAAGAGGUUCACACUAUUAAGCAAGUCUCAUUUACAAGACCCGUAACAGAACAGCAUGUUUUCAUAGAUGAAGAUCAAUCUAAGUCUCAUUAUGCACAACCACGUCGACCAGCACUGCCACCACCAAACCCUCAGAUUGUGGUCGUAGAUGAAGAUGUGGGUGUCAGUGUGUUUGAGUAUAACGUUGAGACGUGCUCCAGCGACGCACGCAAGUGUUCAGUGUUUGCAGACUGCAGAGAUUACUCCAACGGUUACUGCUGUCACUGUCAACCUGGUUAUUAUGGCAAUGGCAAAGAAUGUGUUGCUGAAGGCAAACCUCAGAGAAUGAACGGGAAGGUCAACGGAAGAGUCUACGUUGGGAAUUCUCCAUCUCCAGUAGAGUUCUCCAAUAAUGACCUUCAUUCAUAUGUGGUGACCAAUGACGGUCGGGCGUACAUCGCUAUCAGCAGCGUUCCAGGCAGCAUCGGUCCGUCUCUUCAACCGCUUCCUUCUCUCGGUGGAACCAUCGGCUGGGCGUUUGCUCUGGAGCAACCCAACUAUCAGAACGGAUUUAGCAUUAUUGGAGGGGUGUUCGACCGCCAGGCUGAGGUGACCUUUCAACCCGGAAAUGAGAAGCUGACCAUCAGACAGGAGUUCAAAGGCAUCAAUGAACACGAUCACCUGGUGAUCAACACAGAGCUUGACGGCAGGAUCCCGGAGGUUCCUCAAGGAGCCACGGUUCAGAUCGAACCCUACACAGAGAUCUAUCAGUAUUCAAGCAACUAUAUAACAUCAUCUUCACGUCGAGAUUACACUGUUAACAUGCCUGAUGGGAGCGUACAGAUGCGGAGCUACUUGUGGACACAGAGCAUCAGAUUCAAGAGCUGCCCGCAUGAGGCGCUCUCUGUACCACCCAGCCAACAACUCAGUGUCGAUCAAAUCUUUGUCAUGUACGACGCUGGAAACCAACUGAUUCGUUACGCCAUGAGCAACAAAAUCGGCUCUGUUCACAGUGGAACUCCAGAACAGAAUCCCUGUUUCACAGGCAGACAUGGAUGCGAUAGCAACGCCGUCUGUCGUCCAGGUCAGGGGAAAGAUUUCACCUGCGAGUGUGCUGCUGGUUUCAGUGGUGACGGACGCAUAUGUUACGAUAUUGAUGAGUGUUCAGAAACCCCUCAGGUUUGUGGACCUUACACCACAUGUAUCAACCAACCUGGAUCAUUCCGUUGUGAAUGUCUGGAUGGUUUUCAGUUUGCCGGUGAUGGACGGACAUGUGUUGAACUGAACCAGCCCAUCGAUCACUGUCGGAGAGGAACACAUGACUGUGACGGACCAGAUCGUGCUCGAUGCUCUUACACCGGUGGAUCAACGUACAGCUGCUCCUGUCGGCCUGGAUUUUCUGGAAAUGGUCGAAACUGUCAGGAUAUCGAUGAAUGCCAGUCUGUUCAUUGCCAUAGUGAUGCCAUCUGUUACAACACCCAGGGCUCCUUCACCUGUCAAUGUCGACCAGGUUUCCAUGGUGACGGCUUCAGCUGCUCACCUGACGCUGACCGAGAGAAGACGUCGUGUGAGAGACAGCGAGAGUCCGCUCUGUAUGCCUCCUCUUCCUCCGGUGUCUUCCGUCCCCGUCCGGCUGUCGGUCAAUACGUGCCGACCUGCGACGGCUAUGGUGCGUACGAACCCACGCAGUGUCACGCCAGCAUCGGUCAGUGUUGGUGCGUGGAUGGAUCCGGACUUGAGAUUCCGGGCUCUAGAACCAGAGCGGGCAGCAGACCCCUGUGUAUCGAUCAUAAUGUGGCUCCGCCCGUCAUUGGCCCCACCCCUAGGCCUGACAUCAACCCAUUGACUCCAGGAGCAAAUCUCUUAUUCGCCCAGAGCGGCAGGAUCGAACACAUCCCAUUGGACGGCGAGCGGAUGAAUAAAGACGGGGCGAUGACUGUGCUGCACGUGCCGGAUAAGGUGGUGAUCGCUGUGGCGUAUGACUGUGUGGAGAAGAUGAUCUACUGGUCUGACAUCACACAACCGGCCAUCAGCAGAGUCAACAUGGAGGGAGGACAAACCAUCACACUUGUCAAUACAGAUCUCGGCAGUCCAGAGGGAAUCGCCAUCGACCACCUGUCAAGAAACAUGUACUGGACAGACUCCAUACUGGACCGCAUUGAGGUUUCCCGGUUAGACGGCAGUCAUCGACGUGUCCUGUUUGACAAAGACCUCAUCAAUCCACGACCAAUCAUUGCUGACCCCAGUUAUGGACUUCUGUACUGGGCCGACUGGAACCGAGACGGACCCAAGAUUGAGCGCUCUAACAUGGAUGGCACGGACAGGACAGUACUGGUGAAUGAUGACCUGGCACUGCCCAACGGUUUGACCUAUGACCCUGCGAGGCGGGAGCUCUGCUGGGCAGACGCAGGUACUCGUAAGGUGGAAUGUAUCGAUCCGUUCUCUCGUAUCAGGAGGAAAGUGACCGAAGGGAUUCAGUACCCGUUCGCUAUCGUCUCGUACGGCAAAAACCUCUUCUACACAGAUUGGAGGAGGGAAGCGGUGGUUGCCGUGGAUCGUCAGGAUGGGACGGAGGUGGAAGAGUUUCUUCCUCAGAGACGUUCUCGUACAUACGGCAUCGCUGUCACUUACCCACAAUGCCCUCAAGCAGGUCUGAACUACUGUCAUCGGGAUAAUGGAGGUUGCUCACACCUGUGUCUGCCACGUCCGGGUGGAUUCACCUGCAGGUGUCCUGACGUCAGAGAUCUUUCAUGUGUGGAACAGGACGAGAAUUUCUGAGAACACCCGAGAAUAAAAGAGACUCGGAGAGAAAUGAUUUGUGUUCUUAUGACAAAUGUCCCUCGCUCGAGGAGAGAAAGAGAGAGUUAAACAUGAUGAAUACAAUGAGAAAGAAAUCCAAAAAGACAGGGGCUGCACAAUAUAAAUAUAAAAUAUCUGUGAUCAUAUUCAUUAUUAUUGUUGUUUUAAACUAUCAGUAUCAGUUCGAUUAAGCCAAUAUUAGAGGCGGAUUAUAUCAGGAGGUUUUUUUAUUAAUAUACUGUAAGAAGUAUUAAACUACUAUUCAUCUUUCUGCUGUAUGUUAAAAAGUAUUGAAGCCUGAUAUUAUUUUAAACAUGUAAUAUUGUUGAUUUUCUAAGAGGAUUUGGGAUAAAGUAAACUAGUCAACAUUUGAAGUAGAUCAAAAACGUUCAUUAAAGUUGUUUUAAGACAAGAACAGAGAUUGUUAAGACAACUUUAAUGAAAGGUUUUGAUCCACUUCAAAGACAGUACUUGGUUCAAUUUAAUGACAGCAAACAAGAUGUAGACAAAAUGACUGAACCUUGUGUUACACAAUAUUUACUGAUUUAAAGAAAACAGAUGUGACAGAAAUAAUCAAUCGAUGAUAAGGUUUGUGUUUGUUAGUUUGUGGAGGACAAUCUGGGACAGGUUUAUACUGUGUGUGUGAAUAUACAUUUUUUUACAAUUAUUAUUUACAAUUAUAUUUUAAUCGCUGCAAAAAUUUAAUUUGUUAGUAUUUUUCGUAACACUUUACAGUAAGGUUGUAUUUGUUAACAUUAGUUAAUGCAUUAGCUAACAAUCAACAGUGUAGUUUUAGCAUGUAUUAAUCUUUUGUUCAUUGUGCAUUAUUAAUUCAUGUUAACACAUACAACAUUUGAUUUUAUAAAUGUAUUAGUAAAUGCUGAAAUCAACCUAAACUUAGAUUAAUAAAUUCUGUAGAAGUAUCAUUCAUGGUUAGUUCAUUUUAACUAAUGCAUUAACAAAUGCAACCUUAUUGUAAAGUGUUACCAUAUUUCUGUCUCGUUUCCCGGUAUAAAUAUCUAAAAGUUUUUAAAUUGUGACCAAAGAUAUGAAGUCUUCUGAAAAACAUUAUGAAAAUCAAGUGAGUUUAUGCCAAAUGAAUUUUGCUUAUCAACUAAAUGUAUCUCGAUUUAACAAGUUUUGGUCAUUUAUGUUGGAAAUCAAGACAAAGACAUUGAAUUUUUUUUGCAGUGAUCUGAUUCUUACAUGUAAAAGUUUGCUUUUUGUUUAUUGUAAAUAAUCUCUAGUAUGGUCAUCUUCUGUUAUAUAUUUUCACUGUGGUGCUCAUGGGUCGAGAGCUCUUAUCAGGUUGUUGUAUGUAGUUUAUAGUCAUCUGUACAGAACAUCAAUAUUCACAUUUAUUGUUUACAUGUUUUCAUAUCAGAUACAGCUGCUCAGAGGAGAGAUGGGAAACUGUACAGAUGUUCAAUUAAACAAAGUGUUUAUGUUGA